AUGCCCGGCAACGACCCGGAGGUCAUCAGCCAUAAACUCACCAUUUCCCCCGCUUAUAAGCCCGUGAGGCAGAAGCGCCGAUCAUACGAUGCCGAACGGUACGAAGCAAUGCGCACGGAAGUCGAUAAAAUUCAAACCAUCGGCUUCAUCCGGGAGGCAACGUAUCCGGUAUGGCUGGCAAAUUCUGUGAUGGUGAGAAAGACCACCGGCGGGUGGCGAAUGUGCCAAGACUAUACCGAUCUCAAGAAGGCCUGCCCGAAGCACAGCUUUUCGUUACCACGCAUAGACCAGCUCGUGGACGCCACUGCCGGCCACGAGCUGCUGAGCUUUAUGGAUGCCUAUUCCGGCUAUAAUCAGAUAUUCAUGCACCCUCCCGAUAGCGAACACACCGCAUUCAUAACGGACAAGGGGUUGUACUGUUAUAAUGUCAUGCCGUUCGGUCAGAAGAACGCGGGGGCAACAUAUCAAAGACUCGUUAACAAAAUCUUCGCCGGUCACAUCGGCAACAUCAUGGAGGUCUACGUUGACGACACCUCGGUAUUGAUUCGGAAACCAGAGAAGGCAGAGUUACCAAUUUUCUAUGUCAGCAAGGCACUCCAGAGUGCUGAACUUCGGUAUCCCCCAUUAGAGCAGCUGGCUCUAGCCCUUGUCGUCUCGGCACGAAGACUUCGGCCAUACUUUCAGGCACACGGGAUCAAAGUCCUGACCAACCAACCGCUCCGGCAAGUGCUCCAGAAACCAGAAAUUUCUGGCCGAUUGAUCAAAUGGGCGAUCGAACUCGGGGAAUUCGACAUACAGUUCGUCCCGAGGCCCGCCGAAAAGGGCCAGGCUGUCGCCGAUUUUAUCUCCGAGCUCACCCCAUCAACGGCACAGCCGACGCCCGAGGAGGUUACCGAGACCGUCUUGCCGGACGAGCUGAACGCCGAACGGUUUGACAGCUCAACUCCAAUAUGGGUUUUGCACGUCGAUGGCUCGGCAAACCAGCAAGGAUGCGGAGCAGGCUUGGUGCUGACAACACCGGACGGACUCAAGAUCGAGUACGCCCUCCGAUUCGACUUCCGGACCUCCAACAAUGAAGCGGAAUAUGAAGCCCUCUUGGCCGGCCUUCGGUUAGCCAAGAGCAUGAAUGCAAAGCAAAUCCGAAUUCACAGCGACUCCCAACUCAUUGUGAACCAGGUAACGGCAGACUUCGCCGCCAAGGAUGCCUCCAUGUACGCCUACCUUUCAACCGCCCAUCGGCUACUCCGAAGUUUCCAAGCAUACGAGAUCAAACAGAUCCCCAGAGGCGAAAACAGCCAUGCCGAUGCACUGGCACGCCUGGCUUCGGCAAUAAAAGACAAGGUCGGGAGAAAGGUACCGGUGGAGAUUCUUGCCCGACCGAGCACGGUAGCCUCCGAAGCGUGUGCCGUACGGUAUGAGGAUACAUGGAUGUCUCAUAUCUACUUGUACCUGAAGAACGGCACCUUUCCUGAGGACAAGGCCCAUGCGCGGAAUCUUAGAUACCGAUCAGCAAGAUACACAGUCAUCAACGAUGUGCUCUACAAACAUGGCUACACCACCCCAUACCUCAAAUGCCUUACGGCAUAG